AGUUGUACGUUUUAGCAGCAGGAUGCUAAACAGUGACCAGUCCACCAUUUUGGCUGUGAAGUUACGACCCAGGCCCGUUCUGUCCCAACCCUGAACCCUGAACCCUGAUGUGACUUUGACUGAGCCACACUUCAUAGGGGCCGCAGGGCGCUGAGCAUUGGGACAGGGCCUUAAUCCUCUGCUGGAUCAGCAGGGGUUAAUAUCAGAUUAUAGCCACCAUGCUAAUUUUUCUGAAGAAGCUCCACCUCUCCAGGAAGCGCCACCAGCAGCCAUCUUUAACCAGACCUCCCACAGAGGAACACCGCCGUUAGACACACACAGAAACACGCUCAGUAGUUCGCCUGACCUGCUGCCUCCCUGCAGCUGCUGCAUCAGAACCACCUCAGGCCCGAUUCAGCAGAACCUUCUGCUGUUGGGAAUCCAAACAGGUUCUGGAAGUUCAGAAAAUGGACUUAUUUUGAAACCGCUUCCUUCCUGUGGUUAAGAAAUAAACUUCAGUACUCCUCUUCCUUAUCUGAGGAAGGAUGAAGCUCCUUCUGUCUGCCUGCAACCAGGACCAGGUUCUGGUUCCAACUGGGUUCAGCUUCCUGGGAGGAGGAAGUGAUGUGGUGGUGACUUCCUGCCUGUGCAGCCAAUCAGCUGAUCUUCACUGGCACACAGACAGGAAGUGACAUCAUGCAAAUCAGCUGGUGUGUCCAGGUCUACUUCCUGGGGCUGAGGUUCUGAUCCGGUCAAAGUUCGGCUGGCCGAGACCUGGUUCUGCAUUCGGAACCGGCCCGACCUGGGAGUAACUUCAGAAACUCGAGGUCCGACCGAACCGGCACAUGGAGCAGGAGGAACCAUCCGGGUCAGAAAAAUCCUGAUUCCUGAGGUUUUCAUGUUGGUCUUCAUUGUUCAAAAGUUUUGAAAAGUUCUGCAGGAUCCGUCCAUCCUCUGGUCCUGCUGCUGUGUUCCUGGUUCUGCCCAGCAGGGGGAGCUCUUCCUCCCCCAUGGAGGUCAGGGCAGCAGCUGCUGAUCCGCCCUUCCGGAGUCAUCGACUCCCCUCCUUCUCUCUCUCUCAAGCCUCCUCCCUUCGGUCAGUCCAGCAGCUUUUCCUCCUCCGGCACCAGCUCCUCCAUCUGCUCCCUCCGCCUGUGGCCGUGCGCGGACCGCACCGCUGAGGAGCCCCGGUGUCUGACCAGUGAACUCACCUGAGAAAGACGGAAGUUUCCUGCAGGAUCUUCUCUGGAUACUUUGUCAGUUUUUCUGUUGAUCACGAUGAAAAGAGCCGAGAGCAGCUCAGGUUCUGAUUGACCCGAUCUGAACCAAGACGACCCAAUACACAGAAAUGUUCUGGAGGAAGGAGGCAGGGACUCUUCUGAUGGUUCUGCUGGUUCUGUUGGACCUGUCCGGCGGGCGUGAGCCUGGGCGGCCCGGGUUGAGGCGGCGCCACGCCAGGGACCAGGAGAGACGGCGCCCGAGGCAGAACAUCACACUGGCGGUUAUCCUCCCUCAGAACGCCCGGUACCCCUGGGCCUGGCCUCGGGUUGGACCCGCCGUGGAGCGGGCCGUCAGAACCAUCAACUCUGACCCGACCCUGCUGCCCGACCACCGCCUCAGCUACGUCUUCAACAGCAGUGAGGACAGGAACGGGAUCUGCUCCGAGUCAGUGGCUUCGCUGGCGGCGGUGGACUUGAAGCUGGCCCGCGACCCGUGGGCGUUCAUCGGCCCCGGCUGCUCCUACGCCGCUGCGCCGGUCGGCCUGUUCACCGCCCACUGGGACGUGCCCAUGAUCACGGCGGGAGCCAUGGCCGUGGCGUUCUACAACGGCGUAUACCCCUCAAUCACCAACACGGGCCCCACCCACAAGAAGCUGGGCCGGUUCGGCCUGCAGGUCUGCCUGGAGUCCGAGUGGAGGGAACACGUGGCGCUGGUGUUCAGCGACCACAAGUAUGACGACCGGCCAUGCUACUUCGCCAUCGAGGGUUUGUAUGAGGAGCUGAAGGCGUCCAACAUCAGCACCCAUCACAGCGUGUUCGAGGAGAAAGAGAUCGACUUCGCGCAGAUCCUCGCCGACAUCCAGAACAGCGGCCGCGUGAUGUUCGUCUGCUGCUCCGCUGACGUCUUCAGGAAGCUGCUGGUCCACUUCUGGCGGGCCGACCUUCCUCACCAAGAGUACGUCUUCCUCUUCAUCGACCUGUUCGCCGACAGCCUGAGAUCCGGAAGCCGGUCGCCGUGGCAACGAGGCGACGAAGACGAUGCUGCAGCCAAGGAGGCCUUCCAGGUUGUGAAGUUUCUGACCUAUCAGGAGCCUCAGAGCUCCGCCUACCAGCAGUUUGUCUCCAACCUCAAGAUGGAUGCCAGGAACUGGUUUAACUACAGCAUGGACGACUCUCUGAUGAACAUCAUCGCCGCAGGGUUUUAUGACGGCCUCAUGAUUUACGCCCGCGCUCUGAAUGAAACUAUGGCGGCUUCAGGGGCCAGACCGCCGGGGAGAAACAUCACCGCCAAGAUGUGGAACCGAACCUUUACUGGUGUGGCAGGUCCGGUCCAGUUGGACGUAAACGGGGACCGGGAGAUGGACUACGCCCUGUGGGACUGGGACUCCAACCGCAGCGCCUACCGGGUGGUUCUGACCUACCGCAGCUCAGAGCAGAACCUGACCAAGGUACCCGGGUCGGCCCGGUUCUGGCUGGGCGGAACCAGGCCUCUGGACGUUCCCUUCUGCGGCCUGAAGAGCGACAACCCAAAGUGCCUCACAAGAACCAUCACCGUCCACCAGAUGGCAUCCAUCCUGGUCUGCUUCCUCAUCACCAUGACGACCGCUGUGGCCAUCUUCAUCUACAGGAGGCUGAGGCUGGAGCGGGAGCUGGCGGCUCAGCUAUGGCGAAUCUCAUGGGAAGAUCUGCACAUGAGCAGCAUGGAGAAGGUUCUGCGGAGCGGCAGCCGGGUCACCCUGUCUCUGAGAGGCUCCAACUACGGAUCUCUGAUGACCGGAGACGGAAACCUGCAGGUGUUCGCCAAGACUGGCUACUGCAAGGGGAACAUCGUGGCAAUCAAAUACUCCAACAGGAAGCGGAUUGAGCUGAACAGGAAGGUUCUUUUUGAACUUAAACAUAUGAGAGACGUCCAAAAUGAACACCUGACCCGGUUCAUCGGGGCGUGCAUCGACCCACCGAACAUCUGUAUCGUCACCGAGUACUGUCCCAGAGGCAGCCUGCAGGACAUCCUGGAGAACGACAGCAUAAACCUGGACUGGAUGUUCAAGUAUUCGCUCAUCAACGACAUUGUGAAAGGAAUGGUUUUCCUUCACAACAGUGUCAUCGUCUCUCACGGUAAACUCAAGUCGUCUAACUGUGUCGUGGACAAACGCUUUGUCCUCAAGAUCACCGAUUAUGGCCUGACCAGCUUCCGAUCUGACCCGGACUGCGGCAGCGAUGCUCACGCCUACUACGCCCACAAGCUGUGGGUGGCUCCAGAGCUGCUCCGGAUGGAAUCUCCGCCUCCUCAGGGAACGCAGAAAGGAGACGUGUACAGCUUCGGGAUCAUCCUGCAGGAGGGUCCCGCUUCAUUCCGGAUCCAGGCGUCUCCUGAGCAUCCCGAUGUCCCAGCAGAGAUCGUGGACCGGGUGAUUUUGGGUGAGUGGCCCUGCCUGCGACCCACCGUCGACCCGGAGGACCAUCGAGAGAGUCCGAGUCCCAACGAGUCCAAACCCGAGCUGGGCCAGCUGAUGCAGCGCUGCUGGACCGAGGAGCCAACCGAGAGACCCGACUUCAACCACAUCCGGCUGCUGCUGCGCAAGCAUGGCACAGAGUCCAGGAACAACAUCCUGGACAACCUGCUGUCCCGCAUGGAGCAAUACGCCAACAACCUGGAGGAGCUGGUGGAGGAGCGCACCCAGGCCUACCAUGAGGAGAAACGCAAGGCAGAGGCCCUGCUCUACCAGAUACUGCCACAGUGGGCACUAAAGUACUACUACAGUCAACACUGUAGUAGUACCACAGUCAGUACUGACCCAGUUGUUGUUGUCUGCAGCUCGGUGGCAGAGCAGCUGAAGCGCGGAGAGACGGUUCAAGCUGAAGCCUUCGACUCGGUCACAAUCUACUUCAGUGACAUCGUUGGUUUCACCGCCCUGUCUGCAGAAAGCUCCCCCAUGGAGGUCGUGACUCUCCUCAACGAUCUGUACACCUGCUUUGAUGCCAUCAUUGACAACUUUGAUGUUUAUAAGGUGGAGACCAUCGGUGACGCCUACAUGGUGGUCUCUGGACUACCGGUGAGAAACGGGAAGCGGCACGGCCGGGAGAUCGCCCGCAUGGCGCUCGCCCUGCUGGCCGCCGUCCGAACCUUCAGGAUCCGCCACCGGCCGGAGCGGCAGCUGGAGCUGAGGAUCGGGAUUCACAGCGGUCCGGUGUGUGCCGGAGUGGUGGGUCUGAAGAUGCCACGCUACUGCCUGUUCGGCGACACCGUCAACACAUCUUCACGGAUGGAGUCCACCGGGGAAGCGCUGAAGAUUCACGUGUCUGCAGCGACCCGCGACGUCCUGAUGGAGUUCAACUGCUUCCAGCUGGAGCGCCGAGGGUCCGUCGACGUCAAGGGGAAGGGAACCAUGACCACCUAUUGGCUGCUGGGGGAGAGCGGCAGCCAAUGAGGACGCAGCGGUGACAGAGGGAGCGGAGGAUGGUUGUUUCCUGCCGAUGGAGGGUCGGUCUGGUUCUGGUCAAAUCCAGAACUUUAGGAGAACCGGAGUCGGAUGGAUGGAGGAGAAACACCCCCAUCACCCGAAGGAGGAAAACAGACCGAACCAGGACCUUUCUGCAGAGCCUGACCAGGAAUCCAUAUUUCCCUGGCCCAAUUCUGUCUCCUGACCUGGUUUCUAGUUCCAGCAGCAGAUGAUCUUCCUGCUCCCCAUCAGAACCGAGAUUCUGCUGGUUCUGAUGACCCGGUGUUUCUUGAAGAUGGAGCUCUCUGCCACCUCCUGGUGGUCGCACGACAGAAAUGACCUGGGGACGGGCGGCCACAGGGGGCAGCAGAGAGCUAGGAUGGACCGGUUCUGUUCAGGCUUUUAGAACCCACCUGUGUCUCCAUGUAGAACCAGCUACAGAACCAGACCAAAACCUGCUUGGCAGUUAUUCUCCUAAUAUUAGAUGCGUUUCAGACGGGUUCUGACCCAGCAGGUCCGAAAGGUUCCUGUUGUUCCACCUGUUUCAGGAAGUUUAGAAUAAAUUGUAAAAAAAAAGAAUAAAAAUAUAAAGAAAAAUAUAAAAUAGAUCAAAUAAAUUCUUGUGUUGGACUGCAUUGAUCCGGUCCUGUUUGGACCUCCAUAGCCGAGUCAUCUGGUCCAUCAGAACCACCACUCAAAUUCUAACCGGGUCACAGGAAGCUGGACUUUCCACGACCCAAUUUUCAUCCCAGUAGUUUUUCUAGUUUUUCCACAAUCCCAGAGACUGGACCCGAGUUAGAGAACCUGGUUCCAACAGAACCAAUAGAACCGGGUCAGCGAGUUCUACUGAUCCGGUUCCGUA